AUGUUUUUAUAGGUACGGUGCAGAGAAUAUGUGUUGGCUUAAGGACCUAUCCAGCACGGACAUAAUCCUCUCAAAAGACAGCACUGGACUGAAAGCGUCGGUGCCAUGUCCAUUUUGUGCCGCGAGGGUUCUAAUCCGACCCGAAGCAACUGGAACAUGGAAGAUAUCGAACUUUUCGACACACGUACGUGCAAAACAUUUCUCCGCUCCGUGCCCGAAAGAGCGUCCCCAUAAAGACACGCUAAAAAGGCCAUAUCCUGUAGAGAACUCGGAGAAUGUGAUGCCAAACUAUCAGUCUUUCGGGUCAAGCUCACCCCAACAAACGUUACAAGAAGACUGGCUGGAAUCAAGCGAAGUUACUCAGCUUGAUCAACCCAAACAGGCAAUACUCGGUUCGGCGCGAGUGCAGCAGUAUGACGAGCUGAAGAACGAGGAUCAAGAGAACGAAGACCUACAGCUGUACAAUGAAAUCGAAUCUCCUAAAGGACACACUUUUCUUCUUCAAAUUGAGGCCCAACCCCAGUACGCAGAUCCGUUGGCAUACUCGAUUAAUAACCAGUUAAACUAGCAAAACACUGCGGUGAGGCCGACCGCAGUGUUAACGAGAUGGCCAACAAAUCCGACACGAUUAUAUCCAUCUUAUCCAAAUGUUCCGAUCGGUUGGAAUCUAAGCCACCAAAAGGGCGGCGGUACACGACUGCUGAGAUGGAUUAUUUUACCUACAAAUAUAUACAAGGUGGUCGGGCAAUGUACGAGUUUGAGCAAGCAAAUAGCGUAGCACCCGAUAUCCGAACAUGUCAAAGGUAUUUGCACAAAUUAACAUUCGGAGUAGAACCAGAUCGUUUAAGGAUGGAUGAUUUCGCCAAGUUUCUUCAAAUUAACAACUUUCCGAAAGCGUUUGUCCUUAGCGAGGACGCCACCAGAAUUACUGGUGGAAUUGGUUAUGAUAUUACCAAAAACACGGUAUAUGGACUAGUGCCGCCACUGAACCAAUAUGGUAUGCCAAUUGAGAACUUCUUCACUGCAACCAGUCCCAAGAAGGUAAUGGAGUAUCUUGAGAAAUACAGCAUUGGGCGCAACUUGUAUGUUGUAAUGGCUCAGCCAUUGUCAUCCGAUUCGAGACCUUUCUGUCUAAUGUAUACCUGCUCAGACAACAAAUUCAAAACAGAAGAUGUGCUGCGACGAUGGGCAUUCACCGAAAAGGAAUGUGAAAAAGUAGGAAUUACACUGGCUUGUCGGGCAUCCGAUGGUGACGCCCGAUUGGUGCAAUCUAUGCUGCAAAAAAUGGAUAUACCUAAUACAGAUUCGAACCCUUUCGGAGCGUGGUAUACAUGCAAAUAUACGACGAACAACAUAUGCAUUCAAGACCCGACACACCUCAUAAAUAAAUUGAGAAUGCGAAUAAUGAGAGUAGACAAACAGCUGAUAAUUGGUUCCUAUGUGGUAUCAAGGGCACACCUGGUGCAGCUGCUUGCAUUACCAAGAGACCAGCAUGGGCUUACUCCAUCGGAUUUGGACACAUCCGACAAGAUGAAGUUCAAGCCUGUUCAAAAGAUUACACAACCGAGAGUCAUAAAUUUAUUGCGUACAACUAUUCCCGAAAGUCUUGCCACUGCAAUCUAUUUGGAGUUGAUGAACAAUAUCAUGCAAUCUUUUAUGAAUGACGAUAUGACAACAGAGGAUAGAGUGUUCAAUGUCUGGUGUGGACUUUUCUUCAUGCGUGCAUGGCGCAGGUCGUGUGUGUCUAAACACAAGCAUAUACAGCAUUGCAUUACUACCAACGCUUAUUGGGGAUUAGAGAUCAAUGCGCACGCUUUGAUAAAUUCCAUUAUUCUUUGCCGGGAAAAAGGAUAUGAUUUGGAUAUUACGUUGUGGCAGAGUCAAGCAUGUGAAAGUUUCUUCCGUUCUGCUCGAUCAUUUUCAUCUACCGAAUCAACUGUUGUAAAUUUUGAUAUGAAGACAUUUGAGUCAAGGCUUAACCGGAUCGAAGCUAAAACUGAUAUCAUGUACAAACAAAAAGAUAACUUCACUUUUCCUCGUUUAAAGAACCAAGAAAAGAGCAGCAAACAUUCGCAGUUACCAACGAACAUACAAAUAUCGAAUGUAGUUCAGAAGGCAGAAAUCGAAGCGAAACGUCUUCUCAAGUCACUUGGAGUAAAACUAAGCGUUGAUUCUUUCAAAGAGUGUAUAUACAUACGAAAGCCUAAAACAAAGCCAGAUCCACAAACUGGAAACUUUGAAUUUGUGCCUGUACCCGAUGAACCAUGUGAAGUCAUUAGAGAUAGUGAUGAAGACUUAGUGUAUGAUUGUGAAGAACUUUUGACAGGUACUGAUGUGCAGCUGCAUGUUAAAGAUGCUUCUGGUUUCAACAAAAGAAACACGUUUAAAAUUCGCAACAAAAAUGGUAAGAUUGUUCACGUGAAAAAAUCGACUUUUAUAUGGAUGCUUCAAUCGGAAACGGAAAGAGUUUCGCCCGACCGGUUGCAAAGAUUCAAAGAGUUGCACAAAAAUGAGAAUUUCGUAGCGAUAUUUCAAAACAUACCACUCCAGGAUAUAAGAAUAGGAGAGUGGGUUUUGAUUAGUUAUACUUCAAAACUUCUCGUAUGUAAUGUAUACGGUUUUAUAUAUUUGAGUGGCAAAAGAACAAGUUAUUCACGAACAAGUGCUCCUAUUAGGUGUCCUGAGGAAGCUUUCGCAAGAGGAUUAGGAACAAAGGGGUCGUUUUUUGAAUUAUCGUUUAUUGACGGGGAUUACAUAUUGGAGCUAUUGGAUAAUAGUGAAAAAAUCUGUAUACAGAUAGAAAAUUAUAAAAGCCACCUAACGAGACCUGAAGUAAGCGCAGGGUUAUUAUUGUACGGAAAAGAUUCAGCUGCCUAUAUCAAGGCUUAUAUGGACGGGCCCGUUCCCAUAUUUUGAUUAAUUCAAAAAGAGGUAACUAUCUUUGAACUUAAAAAAAUCAUAACUAGACUGCAAUGUGUCAAAAACUACGCUAUUUGAAAAACUUAACACAGCGAAAAAAAAAACACGAAAUUCAGAAUCAGAAUGUACUUGAAAAUGGACCGAUUUAAUAAAAUUUAUCAACUAAGUUCGGGUUUCGUCGGAAAUAUACAAAAUCUUAGAAUUGUAGU